UUCUUGUUAAAAAAGGUUCUUUACCAAAGAAGUAGUCUUGGUUAAUCCAAAUUACGUUGUGAUUUGUGCAUAAAUCCUUGCAUAUCAGCAUUGAAGUGCAUCAAGAUUUUGAAAAAGCUUUAAUAAGGGAAAAAGCUUAACCCCAUAUGAAUGACAAACGAUCAAAGAAGAGUAGGAAUUUGACAAUUGACGGAAAUACAUUUUGAGGUUAGAAAAAAAUUUAAAAGGCUUGCUUCAAGAUAAAACCAUAACGGCAAUAAUAAACGAAAAAAUAGUAUAAAAAAUAGCUUUUGUUGUCAGAAAUGAAGAGGAAUAUUGCAGAAAUAAUUUUGCUGCUUCGUAUUCGCCAUGGGCAGACCAACUGACUGCUAAUUUUCAGCAAUCUCCUACUUCUUCCAAUAAAAUACGGUUAUGUCCUUAUUCAUAUCCUUUGGCUGAAAAACUACUUUACUUAAUUUGAGACAACAUUGCGGCUGAAAAGUUGCACAGCAAUUUGUUUUUAACUCGCCUAGUUGGCCAUGACUUUUUCACACAAGCAGCGAGUGACGAAGGAACAAAAGUACAUUUUUUCUAAAGCGAAGAUGGUGCGCAGCAUUUUCUCACAACGUUAUAAUUACGCCAGAAUACGCGUUAACGAGGCGUUGGAUGAUGUCUUUCGGCGCAUACCAAUUUUUCCGAAAAUCGCGAAGCUGCCGAAGCUGAAGCGCACCUACUACAUUGCGACACCGAAGCCGAUGGCCGAGAAGAAGAACAAGUUAAAGCCGAAACACAAGAAAUUGCUGCCUUCCUCCGAAUGGUAUGACAGUGAUUUCAUACCGAUGACAACGCGCUAUGAACUCGAAAUAAUUUUGGAUACACCGCUUAUGGAACGCCAUUCGGGACACAACUCGAAAGGCACCUUCAGUCAUGUCUAUUGGAAGCCAGCCGAAGCGGAUGAAACGCAAACAAAUGCGCAGCUUACAGCAGCAGCCAACGCCAACGCCAGCAACGGUGAGUUGACGAGCAAAACUCAAGCUGACAAAUCGCUAUCGAUUGCGCAACCGUUGGCAGCAGCAACAAUAACAACCAGCAAUUCACUUUCAGCGACAAAUACUUCACCACAGUUUUCACAUGGUUACAGUCUAAAAAAGGAGCCCACCGAGCAAGCAGCACCGAAAUUGUCUGAUGCGCCUAAAAGUUUGGCGGCCACCAGAGAAUCGCACGAUUUCGAGUUUGCAGUGCCGGAGCUGAGCAAGCGUCGGCGCAAUAAGCAUCUGGAGAAGAGCUACGAAUGUGAACAGUGCCACAAGAAGUUCGAUCGUCCAUGGGUGCUGCAUGGUCACAUGCGUCUGCAUACCGGCGAGAAACCGUUCGUGUGCCCGGUGGAAUCGUGCCAGAAGCGCUUCGCCGAUCGUUCGAAUUUGCGCGCUCAUCAGCGCACCAAAGGCCAUCACAACUGGAGCUAUCAGUGUCCGCAGUGCACCAAGGCGUUCAGCCAAGAGAACUAUUUAAGUCGUCAUAGUCUGGAGGCAUGUCGUAAAUUUUUAGCCUCGCAUAGAAACGGUUGAGUUGCAACCAAGGUUGCAUUUUGCUUCUAUUAGAUAUAGUAUUA